UGAGAGCCAAUGCCAGAGUCUCGUACCAUGAGAGGAUGGUACAGUACAGUGUUGGAGUCCUGCAGUUAGGAAAAUUUGGUCACAUGUAUGACAUAGAAACACAUCUGCGUUUGGUGAAUCCCACAACUUACACUAAAAUAUUAAGUGAACUGAAAGACAAAGAAAUUCACAAUCUGAUAAUCGAUACGAACGCUGCAAAUAUUUCCAUCCUACUGAAAGAGAUUCUGCAACUGCAAAUGAAUGAAUACAAGUACCAUUAUUUAUUUACUAGUUUCGACAUUGAAACAUUCGAUUUGGAGGAUUUUAAAAAUAAUUUCGCGAAUAUUACCUCGUUCCGCCUAGUAGAUGUUGGCGAUGUAAGUGUUAGAAACAUUCUCAAAAAUAUGGAGGCUUAUAACCACAAUUAUAAUAAUAAGACAACUUACUACAGAAAGCUGCGUACUAUUAAAACGGAACCCGCUGUAGCGUAUGAUUCGGCUUAUAUAUUCGCAAUAGGAUUAGCUAGUUUAAAACAGUCGCUGACUCUUGGCGUUUCGAAUGCGUCCUGUGCCAGUGAAAUCUCGUGGGAUAGUGGUUUGAGUUUGAUAAACUAUAUCAAUUCAGUUGAGUGGAGGGGGCUGACAGGACCUAUACAAUUCAAAGAAGGACGGCGGGUUAAAUUUAAAUUAGAUCUUGUAAAACUGAGGCAUCACUCCUUAGUUAAGGCGGGAGAGUGGACUCCACAAACACGUCUUAAUAUAACUGAGCCUGCGCUGUUUUUUGAUGGCGGAACAAUUAAUGUUACGCUGGUCGUGAUUACAAUAUUAGAAACCCCUUACGUGAUGAUGCACUACGGCAAAAAUUACACUGGAAACGAGAGGUUCUAUGGAUUUUGCGUAGAUAUACUGGAGUUGAUAGCUCGUGACGUCGGCUUUGAUUACAUUAUAGACCUAGUGCCUGAUCGAAAGUAUGGCGCACAAGAUCCAUUUACAGGCGAAUGGAACGGAAUGGUGGCUCAACUUAUGAAAUAUAAAGCCGAUUUGGCCGUUGGAUCCAUGACAAUUACAUAUGCACGAGAAAGUGUUAUCGAUUUUACUAAGCCAUUUAUGAACUUGGGCAUAAGUAUUUUGUUUAAGGUGCCAUCAAGUCCGGCUUCUCGUUUAUUUUCUUUUAUGAAUCCGCUGGCGUAUGAUGUAUGGUUCUAUGUUUUAGCGGCAUAUUUUCUAGUCUCAUUCACAAUCUAUGUAGUGGCAAAAUUGUCGCCAAUAGAAUGGCGCGAUAAGUAUCCAUGCGACAUGAAGAAUCCUAUAAUUACCAACCAGUUUACAUUAGCUAACAGUUUUUGGUUUACAAUCGGUACAUUGAUGCAGCAAGGAUCAGAUAUAAAUCCAAAAUCGCUGUCGACGAGAAUAGUUAGCGCUAUAUGGUGGUUCUUCACCUUGAUUAUAAUUGCCUCAUACACCGCUAAUCUAGCGGCAUUUUUGACGGUUGAACGAAUGAUUACGCCCAUUGAAAAUGCUGAGGACUUAGCCAGUCAAACAGAAAUAUCAUAUGGUACUCUGGAGAGUGGUUCUACGAUGACAUUUUUUCGCGACUCAAUUAUCGAGACAUACAAAAAAAUGUGGCGUAAUAUGGAAAAUAAAAAGUCCAUUGCUUUCACUUCCACUUAUGAGGAGGGUAUAAAACGUGUUAAUCAAGGUAACUUUGCAUUUCUAAUGGAAUCUACAAUGCUUGAUUAUACAGUACAGCGAGAUUGUAAUUUAACUCAAAUCGGAGGCCUACUGGAUACUAAAGGUUAUGGAAUUGCUACACCAAAAGGUUCACCCUGGCGCGACAAAAUUUCAUUAUCCAUUCUUGAAUUUCAAGAAAAGGGAAAUAUACAAAUGCUAUACGAUAGAUGGUGGAAAAAAGCAGGAGACACUUGCUCACGUAAAAGUAAUAGCAAGCAAACGAAGGCAAAUGCUCUUGGUCUGGAUAACAUUGGUGGCGUAUUUGUGGUCCUUUUUGUGGGCAUAGGUUUGGCCGCUUGGGUUGCUGUAUUCGAAUUCUGGUAUCACUAUCGCACUCGCGGCAGUGUAUAUUGCUGCGAAAAGGAGCACAGCACUGUAGAGAGGGUUAUAACUGAAAUGGCAGUUAACGACUUUGAUUCCGUAUAUAAAUCGAACAAAGAAAACGUAGAAAAAAUACAGGUUAAAGACCAGAAGCUGACUUGCAAACAUAUCACAGCAUAUUGUUGUAAAGAACCACCAGUUCAACGUCCACUAUGCGGCGAAAUGCUGGACGAGUUUCGUUAUGCAUUGCGAUGUAUGGACUCACACCGACGUCCAGCUUUUAAGCGGAGUUGCCCAACAUGUCAUGUAUUAAAUGAUGAUAAAGAGUUUAUUGACAUAGAAAGUAGAUCAUCAAUGGCCGUACACGGCAGCCUUAUUGGGAGUACACCUAAAUAUUUAUAAAUGUAUCAUACCUCAGGCAUCCCUGAGCUUAAUUGCUUUAUUUCCUAACAAUAAAAACAUUGACUAAAAUUGCGUUAGUAUUUACAUUCUAAUGCGUAAAUCGAUCUAAGUCAGCUUAAUAUAAGAGUACCAAUCAGUUUGAUUAAUAAAUGUAGGACUAAAAAAGGGACCCUGUGUAUUGGACGAUUUUGACUAACGCUAACAUUGGUUGAACGAAACGGGCGCAAACAAAAACUGACGAAAAUAGAUAUUAGAA